AUGAGGGCAAACCUUAUUCAUGGAGGCUUGUCACACAUCAAAAUUCGAUUGGUCGUCAGUAACUGUGGCAAUGCGAAAUCUCAUGGUGACAAACCUCGUCUCUUUGAUGAUGUUGUUGGUCUCUUUAGGGUAAAGCUUUCGUUACUUCUUCCUCUUCUUGAGCCUAGAGUUAGUUUCGGGUUUAGGAGUUGGAGUGUGAAUGAGAGUGAUGGUUUCGAUGGUGAUGGAGCUUGUUAUUGUAAUGAACAAUCUAUCAAUGCAAUUGCAGUUAUUUUGGAGUGA